AUGCCUGGGAAAACCGUGAAAGUAUCGACAGUUGGCAAAAGUUUCGAUGUUUGCAAAUGUUUUGUCGUUGUCAAAAUCUUUGAUAUUAAAGUGAGACCCUUCAAAAUAAAACUCAUUUUGGAAAUCCAUGAUGAUAGUUUUAAAGCAUUUGAAUUAUUUUUAAAAGCAGCAAAAGGUGAUUAUUCAAUUGCGCAAGUUUAUAUUGCUAAAUGCUAUUAUGAUGGAUAUGGAACUGAAAAAAAUUAUAAAUUAGCUUUUAAAAAUUAUCAAAAAUCAGUAGAAAAUGGAAGUAUUUUGGGACAAUAUUAUCUAGGAUAUUGCUAUACAUUUGGUAUUGGAAUACAAAAAAAUAAAGAAAAAUCAAUAUAUUGGUAUGAAGAAGCAACUAAUAAUGGCAAUAUGAUUGCAAGAUUAUACUUGGCAGAUUGUUAUAGGUUAGGCAAUUUAAUUAAAAAGGAUGAAAACAAAGCUUUUGAAUAUUAUAAUAUUUUAGCAAAAAAGGAAAUUUCUGAUGCACAAUAUCAACUCGGAAAUUAUUACUAUACAGCUAAUAAGGAAUAUGUUAAUGCACAAAACAAUUUAGCUUUUUGUUAUCAAAAUGGAAUUGGAAUUGAAAAAGAUGAAGUUAAAGCUUUUGAAUUAUAUAAUAUAGCAGCUAAAAAAGAAUUUGUUGUGGCACAAUUUUGUCUUGGAUAUUGCUAUGAAAAAGGAAUUGGAAUUGACAAAGAUGAAGUUAAAGCUUUUGAAUUAUAUAAUAUAGCAGCUAAAAAAGAAUUUGUUGUGGCACAAUUUUGGCUUGGAUAUUGCUAUGAAAAAGGAAUUGGAAUUGAAAAAGAUGAAGAUAAAGCUUUUGAAUUAUAUAAUAUAGCAGCUAAUAAGGAAUAU